AUGACUACUAUGAAGUUUUCUACUUUUCUCGGUCUUGCUGCAUCUCUACUGGUUCGUCAUGUGGCCAGUGAGGUCUUCAUUAUAGACAAUGAUACCCCAACUGCUUUGCAGAUUCUUUUUCCCCUAACGGCUGGAAAGCGGGUUAUGGGCGUGUCAACUAAUAUCGGUGAUUAUGAUGUUGAAGGUGCGACAUACGAAGCCUCCCUUGCUCUAUCUACCGGCAAUUUAUCCUCUUGUAUUCCGGUUUAUAAGGGCGCCGCCCAACCUCUAGUGCAGACAAAUGAUACUUACCAGCUAUGGCAACAGCUUUUCGGAUCAAUUGUUUGGCAAGGUGCUUGGGCUAGUGACUACGAAAGUCCCAUUCCAGCCAACGCCACGUAUACUUACAAUGACACAGUGGGGGCUGUACAAUGGAUCAUGGAUACAGUUAAGACUAGCGAUGAAAAUGUCACUAUAGUUGCAGCUGGUAGUAUGACCAACCUAGCGCUUGCCCUGGCCCAAUGGCCGGACAUGGCCAAGAACGUGAAGCUGGUCAUCAUGGGGGGGUACGUUGAUGGCCAAAUCGCUCAGGUAACUGGUGGCGACUUCGUCAACGACAUGUACACUGACUUCAACCUAAUGAUUGACCCUGAAGGUGCCCAAAGAGCCCUUACUGCGCCAUGGAAAGAAUUGGUUAUUGUUGGUAACAUUAGUAGUCAAGUUUACCCCACACAGAGCUUGUAUAAUGAAUUGAUCGCAGUUUCUGGAGGAAUGGCUGCCAUCAAGAACACAUCAGGACUGGCCUAUGUUGAGGACAUGGUGGGAAAUGGCACAUUAUCAUCCUCAAAUCUUCCAUUCUGGGAUGAAGUUGCGGCUGGUAUUGCCGCUUUUCCAGAAAUGGUAACUGGCUCUUACGAAACAUAUGUGUAUGUCGACACAUCCUAUGCAAGUCCAUUUUAUGGUAGCUUGCGUAUGGUUCCAGCAGAUCUUCGCCCAAGAGCAGGUACCAAAACCACAAAAGCAACCAUGAUUACUAGCGUUGACGUCGAUGCUUUCUACUCAAAAGUUGUGGAUGCUUUAGUUAGAGAUUGGACUUACUUCUGCCAAAGUGGAAAGUCAAAAUCUUUGGCAGUGCUUUAA